GUCCUCCUUCCUUUGGGCAGGGUGGACCCAGGAGGCCUGAGCGGCGUUUGCCCCCAGCCCCCUGUGGGGCCCCGGGGCCCCCUGAAACCUUCAGGACGGAGUCAGACGCCGGCACCAUGAACAAAUUACGGCAGAGCCUGCGGCGGAGGAAACCGGCCUACGUACCUGAGGCAUCACGUCCUCACCAGUGGCAGGCGGACGAGGACGCGGUGCGCAAGGGCACGUGCAGCUUCCCGGUCAGGUACCUGGGCCACGUGGAGGUGGAGGAGUCCCGGGGGAUGCACGUGUGUGAAGAUGCCGUGAAGAAGCUGAAGGCGAUGGGCCGGAAGUCCGUGAAGUCCGUCCUGUGGGUGUCAGCUGAUGGGCUCCGAGUGGUGGAUGACAAGACCAAGGAUUUGCUGGUGGACCAGACCAUCGAGAAGGUCUCCUUUUGUGCACCUGACCGCAACCUGGACAAGGCUUUUUCCUACAUCUGUCGGGACGGCACCACACGUCGCUGGAUCUGCCACUGUUUCCUGGCACUCAAGGACUCGGUCGUUAUAGAGCCAGGCGUGGUGGCGCACGCCUGUAAUCCCAGCACUCAAGUGGCUGAAGCAGGAGGAUCACCGAGAGUUCAAGGCCUAAACUACAAAGGAGAACCUGCCUCAAAAAAAACAAAAACAAAUUUCCAGCCUCUCUGGGGCUUUUUCCCCGGUGCCAGGCUGGCCCAGUGGGCUCCUUGGGGCUUCUUCCCGAAAGCAGAGGCAGCGGCUGCUCCUGCUGUGGCUCCCGGCCCUGCCCAGCCUGGGCACGUAUCCCCAACACCAGCUACCACGUCCCCUGGUGAAAAGGGUGAGGCAGGCACCCCAGGGGCUGCAGGCACCACUGCUGCUGCCAUCCCCCGGCGCCAUGCCCCCCUGGAGCAGCUGGUUCGCCAGGGCUCCUUUCGAGGGUUCCCAGCACUCAGCCAGAAGAACUCACCUUUCAAACGGCAGCUGAGUCUACGGCUGAAUGAGCUGCCAUCUACACUGCAACGCCGCACUGACUUCCAGGUGAAGGGCACAGUGCCAGAGAUGGAGCCUCCUGGUGCCAGUGACAGUGAUGGUAUCAACGCCCUGUGCACGCAGAUCAGCUCGUCCUUCGCCAGUGCUGGAGCACCAGCAUCGGGGCCACCAUCUGCCCCAACGGGGACUUCUGCUUGGGGUGAGCCCUCUGUAACCCCUGCAGCUUCCUUCCAGCCUGGGCACAAGCGGACACCCUCGGAGGCUGAGCGGUGGCUGGAGGAGGUGUCCCAGGUGGCCAAGGCCCAGCAGCAGCAGCAGCAGCAGCAGCACCAAGCGGCUUCAAUGGCCCCAGUACCCACCAUGCCACCUGCCUUGCAGCCCUUCCCUGCCCCUGUGGGGCCCUUUGACACUGCACCUGCCCAGGUGGCCAUGUUCCUGCCACCCUCACACAUGCAACCCCCGUUUGUGCCCGCCUACCCGGGCCUGGGCUACCCCCCCAUGCCCCAGGUGCCCGUGGUGGGCAUCACCCCCUCGCAGAUGGUGGCCAAUGCCUUCUGCUCCGCUGCCCAGCUCCAGCCCCAGCCCUCCACUCUGCUGGGAAAAGCUGGGGUCUUCCCACCUCCUGCCACACCCAGUGCCCCUGGGAGCCAGGCCCGUCCGCGCCCCAAUGGGGCCCCUUGGCCCCCAGAGCCAGCGCCUGCCCCGGCCCCUGAGUUGGACCCCUUUGAGGCCCAGUGGGCGGCGUUAGAAGGCAAACCCACUGUGGAGAAGCCCUCCAACCCCUUCUCUGGCGACUUGCAGAAGACUUUCGAGAUUGAACUGUAGCGCGAGCUGCCCCACUCACCCCGUCACCCCCAGGUGUGACACACCUUGGAGUGGAGGCACGGCCUCUCCCCUCGUCCCGCUCCUUCAGCACCCUCCCAAGCCCUGCUCUCCACCACCCCCGUAACCACCACAGGGGCAGCGCUGCGAUGCCCGGAGUACAGGGGGUGGCACUGGGGGACUGACCCAGCCUGGCUAAAGGAGCCAUUUCACUGCUGGACUCGGGCUGGUGACACCCGCCUCGUCCCCCACAGGGUGCCCGCAGCUCCGUGGAGCGCCCUCUGUCCGUGUGCUCCCUUUCCCAGUUUCUGUUGAUCUUCCACCUUCUGGUGUUGGGCAGGAUGGAGAGGGACACCCACUUAGCAGCUCUUCUGGGCCCCACGUGAGCACCCACCCUAAGUCCAGGGUUUCCUCCCCACGCACACAGCACAAGCGAAGGGCUCCUCCCUGCCCACGCGUUCACUGCCAAUGCUGUACUCUCCCUGCCACCUUCCCCGUUUGGGGCCUGUGUCUCCUGGGGGCCCAGGUCUUGGGGGCAGGGGCCACGCUGGGGGGCCCAGGAGGUGGGGGGGUGCUCAGUUACCUCACAUCAGUGCCCGCUGGGAGGUGGUCCCGGAAGAGGGGAAGGGGUACCUGGCGGGUACUUUUCUAUCUUUUAUUUCCAGAUUUUUUUUUUUUUGUAUCUAAACUUGUGCAGAUUUGUAUUAUACAAGGACAGCCAAUAAAGGAAGACUAUAAUGGUGCCCCUCGGGAAAGCACGAGGGUGUGUGUGUAGGGGGACCGUGUGGCCUCAGAGCCUUCUCUCCUGAGUCAUCUUCUAAACCAGGAGGAAGAAAAGGGUCCCCUCUGAGUCAUAGCUCGGGAACAGAUCCUGCUGACUCAGCACAGACCACAUGGGUACUAAAGGGAGCCCAGAAUUAAUUAUUCCAUUUUGGUUACACAUUUUGAACCAAGGAAUGGAAAACAGUCUAAACCACUGCUAAUGGGUACAGUUAUCCACAUUCUAGACCAGGUGCAGUGGCACAUACCUGCAGUCCCAGCUACUCCGGAGACUGAGGCAGGAGGAUCUAUCUAGCCUAGGACUUUUGAGGACAGCCUGGACAACCAAGUGAGAUUCCACCUCAGAAACAAAACAGGUUGGUAACAGUGUAUUUUAGACCAU